AUGUCGGGUGCAGGCUGCGAGUAUGAAAAGAUCGACAAGAGACGGAACCCACCAUCUUCAGAGUACACGAUUGGUCUACGAAAUAGAGUUGCUUCACUAGAAGCCUUCAUACAGGAGUUGAGAGAAGCUUCUCCCGCUCGCCGAGAUGAAAUGCUUGGGCCCGCGGCUUAUAUACAGGGCACAUCAAAUAUUUCGAUCGCAGGGCCGUCUCAAGUCAUCCAAACUGAUACCACAGCCCGAGCACGCUUGAAACCAGAUGCAGAAGGAUCACUAGUCUACCAUGGCGCGACCAGCAUCUUCAACAGCGAUCUUCUCACCACAAGCGAGAGCUUUCCAAGUCCAACACAGAGUCUGUAUGCAGAGUCCAACUUUGACCAUGUGAUGGAUCAUUUCGGUAUCAAGCUGGAAGACGACACGGUUUUCAAGGCAUUGCAGCAGUUCUUUCGCUGGCAGUACCCCCACUUUAUGUUUGUUUACCGAGAGGCGUUUCUAAGAGACCAUUUUGGUGAGCGGAAAGGCUGCAAAUACUGGUCAUCUGCACUUCUCCUGUCUAUAUGCGCAUUGGGCCUCCUUAUGUCAGACACUGAAGUGGAGCGGAACCUGAUUGAGCAAUUCUUUCAGGCGGCUGAGAGUAUCGUGAUGGUAUCUGGUCUGAGCCGUCCCUCGAUCCCCACCGUCCAGUCAUUUUUAUGCUUAGCAUUUUUUGAAAUUGGUCGCGGAAAUGUAUCCAAAGGAUGGGCUUUCUCAGGUAUCGCGUUCCGUAUGGCCCAGGACUUGGGCUUUCAAAGUGAUCCUAUGAACUGGCUGCCACAUGACUCGACCAUUAUCUCAAGCGAGGAUAUUGAGAUCCGCCGCAGAAUCUAUUGGGGCUCAUACAUUUCAGACAAACUGAUCAGCUUGAUACUUGGGAGACCAGUACAACUGGCCUUCGAUAGCGCUGAGGUCGAUCUACUGGAGUUCAUAACUGACGGCCCCGGAAUGGAGUACUGGCGACCUGUUGGUUUCGGCGAUGACCCGGAAGAGCUUCGAGUUUUGUCAAACAUACCAUAUCUCAAAGAGCAGAUUCGUCUCUACAGAAUUGUCGAGAAAAUGAUGACCACGGUAUUUUCUCCAAGGACGCCUCGAACGCAGACAGAUGUCUUCACACGACAAACGUUGCUUGAUAACCUCAACCUCGAGCUUCUACAGUGGAGGGACGCACUGCCGGCGUUCGCAAAGUGGAAUAAGUGGUCGACGGGUGUGACAAUAACACCAGCGGUGGCUACACUCCACCUUCUUUACAGCAGUAUCCGCAUUGCCUUGAACUACGAGUCUGCCACCAUUACUAACGUCGCCUCGGCUCAAGAAGCUGCACUUCUCUCUUGCACUACCGCCGCUCAAGAUAUCCUUGCCCUUGUUCGAAUUUACAAAAUGCAAUAUGGGCUUCGUCACGCACCACUCAUAUUGAUUUACGCAUCCAUACAAGCCUCGAGGUCUAUCGAGAAGUUUGGCAUUCCGGAAGAACAGAGCUACCUGGGUCCGAUGCCAGCAGUGAACCUUGAUGCGUAUCAUGAUCUAGUAUAG